GAAAAAGUUAUUCUACUAUUCAAUUAUAAACGAAAGUCUCCCCUUGCCAGCCACCCAGCCUUUUUGUUGGUUUGGUCCUUAUUGGUCAUUUGGUUAGUUUUUGACAUGCAUCAUUUCAUCAGCCAUCAUUCAACUGCAUCAUCAAAUUUAUAUAUAUAUAUAUAUAUAUAUAUAUUUUAUAAUGUAUAUAUUGCAAAUUCUUGCUGCUCUGCUUGGUAAUAUAUCUUCAUCAUUAAUUAAGAUCAAUCAAUGGAAGGUCUGAUUCCAAUGGUGUACAAGGCAAUGAAGAGGAACAGAACUCGCCGCCAAUACAGCAGCCUCGCAUCAUCAGCAUCAGCAGCUCAAACUAAUUACAACAUUGCCGACUUCUACAUUGAUCCUAAUCAAACUAAUUACGUCUAUGUGCCACCACCUCCUGCUGCUGCUUCUUCCACUCUUCAUGAUCAUCAUCGUCGUCUAAGUCUCGACACCAUAUUUAAUGUAAACAACAAUGGUGGGUUUUCUACAGUAUCUGCCCCCGUGGAGCACAAGUCAUCAUCGUCCACAAACAACAUAAUCAAUGGUCAAGUAAUUCAACACCGACGACACAAAUCUGUUUCUGUUUCUGUUUCUGCUCCUCCAAAGCAACUUGUCCGGUUUCGGAGCCAUCGACGAAUCUUCUCAUGCAUGACUUGUGGUGUGGUGCCUCGCUAAGAGCUGAUUAACAACGUAUACCACCUGCCUGCACUACAAUUAAUAGAUAAUAUUUUGAUUAUCUAGCAUAGUUAACUUAAUGUUGUCUUGUAAUUAAUACCUCUGCACUCUGUUCCUCCAUUGCCUCUGUUUCUCUGCUUUUAUAAUUUCUCCAUCUGCCAAAUGCAAAUCUAUAAGAAAUGUUGUGAUGCUGGCCUCAGGCCUGCCUGCCUCCAAUAAUGAAUCAGACACCAAGCUUAAUUAGGAUUUUUUAUUUUAUUUCUAACUUUGUAGGAUGGUUAUCUGUUAAAUGUGGACCUUACAUUACAUAUUGUAAGGUGAUUGAUA